AUGGCAAAAAGGCUAUCUUUCGCCAUCGCCGCCCUGUCAUGGCUAGAUAGCGCAAUCGGUAUAUUUCAUACGAUUCCCCGUCUUGACCCUUCGCAAUUCCAACCCCAGGACUUCAUCACACGCGAUGUCUGCAUUAUCGGUGGCGGCUCUGCCGGCACAUAUGCCGCAAUUCGACUUCGACAGAUGAACCAGAGCGUCAUACUAGUAGAAAAGGAAGAUCAUCUGGGAGGGCAUGUCAAUACCUACAACGACCCGAUAGAAAAGACCGCCAUUGAUUAUGGAGUGCUAUUCUACGAGGACCUCCCCUUGGUACGGGAUUACUUCGCCCACUUUGGCAUUGCUCUGGAGAAAGUUUCUGUUCAAAAUUCAAACGUCACACAGAUACGCGUUGACUUGCGAACCGGUACCAUCGUCAGCCCAGCGGAGAGCAAUUCUGGUUUGGCACUGGCGGCGUACUCAACUCAGUUACUCAAGUAUCCCUUUCUCAACACGGGCUUUAACCUUCCUACUCCAGUGCCUCUCGACUUGCUGCUUCCUUUUGGUGAGUUUGUGAAGAAGUAUAGCCUAGAGGGAGCGGUAGAUAUUAUUGCAAGCUUUAAUCAGGGCGUGGGUGAUAUACUGCAGCAAUUGACUCUCUAUAUGAUGAAAUAUUUCAGUCUUGAUGUACUUCAAGGAUCCUUCAAUGGUUUCCUCCAGCCCGUCAGCCACAACAACAGCGAGCUAUAUGGCGCCGCGAGGAAUGAGCUAGGUGGGGACGUAUUGCUAAGCAGCACCGUCAUAUCUACACACCGCGAUGAAGAGGGACAGUGGGUAUAUGCCCUGGCUGAAACACCAUCUGGGAACACAUUAAUUCGCGCAAAAAGACUUAUCAUCGCCGUCCAACCUAGGCUAGAUAUGUUGCAGGGAAUAGACCUGGAUGAAACAGAGCGGGGAUUAUUGGGAAAGUUCAACAAUACUUGCUACUACACUGCCCUAGCCAGGAUUCCCGGUAUCCCCCAAGGCGUUCAGUAUUUGAAUCGUGCCAACGAUACACUGUACCAGCUGCCGCCCAUGCCAGCAGUCUAUGUUAUCAAUCGCACAAGGUCACCAAAUCUGUUCAGUAUUUUGUAUGGAAGCGAGGAUCAUAUGACAGAAGAGGAGGUCAAGGGUAAUAUGACUCAGAGCGUGCUCCAAUUGAGGAACACUGGUGUCCCUGUCGAGGCACCAGAGUUCGUGGGAUAUUCCGACCACAGCCCAUUCAUGUUGACCGUCCCGGCGGAUGAAAUUGGGAAUGGCUUUUACCAGAGACUCAAUGAUCUACAGGGUUACCGCAAUACGUACUAUAUCUCUGCAAGCUUUAAUACACAUGACUCCGGGCAAAUAUGGUCAUUCAUUGAUAAUUUACUUACGGAACGCUGGGGUACUUUGUGA